AUGCGUGAGGCAAGGGAGAGGUUGAAGGCCAUUAAACACACACACAACCUCUUCAAACUGCAGCAGUUCAUUUUCAUGAGGUCACGAGAGCAUGCUCAUGAUAGGACAGAACAAGUGGCAUCAGUCAUGCAGGUGAGACCAUCUCUCAACAGUUAUUCUCACAGGUCCUUUGUCUGUAGUUACCCACACGAUGAAGUGAAUCGACUGAGCUGUGACGAAGCCAGGAACUACUACGGUGGUGUGGUAAGCCUUAUCCCACUAGCACUGGAGCUACUGCAAAGGAUGGCCAGUUCCUACACCUAUUGCGGCCAGGACAACACGUCUGCUGGGAAUCCUAAUGUGGAUGUGCUUGAGUCCUCAGGACAGCUGGUGUGGGAGACGUGUCUUUCAGCCUGACUGGGCACGCUACUGGUGCUCCUAACACUAGGAAGACCCAGGUUAAGAGAACAGGCGCGUGGGCAUGCAAUCAAGCCAGCCUGGAGACCUCUGGGCCUUACCACCAGGAUUAGGCAUUAGGCCUUUGACCAUUCUCUAUUUUACAUAAAUCAGCAUUGCAAUAAAGUUUGUUUCUCUUG